AUGUUCAGCAAAAUCGUAGCUUUCGGCGCCCUCUUGGCUGCUGCCAACGCUGGUCUUUUGGGACAUGGCCACGCUGUGUCCUCUCAGAGCAUUGUCCGUCACGACGAGGCUCAUGUCGCUCCUCUGCACUACGCCGCUGCCCCCGUAGCACACUACGCCGCCCCCGUCGUAGCCCACUAUGCCGCUGCCCCCGUAGCUCACUACGCUGCCCCCGUAGCUCACUACGACGGCCACGACACUUACGCUCACCCCAAAUACGACUACGCUUACUCCGUGGCUGACCCCCACACCGGCGACCACAAGUCCCAGCACGAGAGCCGCGACGGUGACGCCGUUCACGGAUACUACUCCCUGGUGCAGCCUGAUGGUUCCGUGCGCAAGGUCGAGUACACCGCUGACGACCACCAUGGUUUCAACGCUGUCGUACACAACUCUGCCCCCGCUGUACACCCCGCCCCCGCCCCCGCCCAUGGCUACCAUCAUUACUGA